AUGGAUAACUAUCAGAGAAUAGAAAAAGUCGGCGAAGGUACUUAUGGUGUUGUAUACAAAGCCCGCGAUCUCAGCCACAAUGGCCGUAUCGUCGCCCUCAAAAAGAUUCGUCUCGAGACCGAAGACGAGGGCGUUCCCAGCACCGCCAUCCGCGAGAUUUCCGUCCUGAGAGAACUUAACCACCCAAACGUCGUCAGCCUCCUGAAUAUUGUUCACGCCGACGGCCACAAGCUCUACCUCGUCAUGGAAUUCCUCGACCUUGAUCUUAAAAAGUACAUGGACUCGCUCCCCGUCACUGACGGCGGUCGUGGAAAGCCUCUGCCCACUGGAACUGCCACUACCGUGCGAAACCUGGGAAUGGAUGAGAAGGUGGUGCAGAAGUUUAUGCUGGAUCUGGUCCAGGGCAUCAAAUAUUGUCACUCGCGUCGCAUAUUGCAUCGCGACUUGAAGCCGCAGAACUUGCUCAUCGAUAAGGAUGGAAAUCUCAAACUGGCUGAUUUUGGUUUGGCCAGAGCAUUUGGUGUUCCUUUGAGAAGUUAUACCCAUGAGGUUGUCACGUUGUGGUAUCGCGCGCCCGAGGUCUUGCUUGGUGGACGGCAGUAUUCGACUGGCGUUGAUAUGUGGUCUGUCGGUACCAUCUUCGCUGAGAUGUGCUCCCGAAAACCCCUUUUCCCUGGUGAUUCAGAAAUUGACGAGAUCUUCAAGAUCUUCCGAACCCUCGGAACACCUGAUGAAGACGCCUGGCCUGGUGUCACCACUUACCCAGAUUUCAAGCCAUCUUUCCCCAAGUGGCAGCGAGAUUUCUCUACUCCUCUUUGCCCGAAUCUGGAUGAGGCUGGUCUAGAGCUACUUGACUAUAUGCUCAUCUGCGAUCCUGUAACUCGCAUUUCUGCCAAGGCAGCCCUGAACCAUCCUUACUUUGAUGAGAUUCUGUGA